UCGUUUGGCAAUGUGAAAGAGAAGUGCUGUGUUGCAUCAAAUUUGGCGCCGGAGCUUUCACGGCCUCAGCGCCCAUUGCUAAAUCGGUAGCUAUUCAACUAUAGUGUUGUAUCGAUAGAGUAGAAUAAUUAAAUUAGUCGCAAAGUGUUUGUGUUAAUUAUAAAUUGGAUACAAGUGAACGCGCCCACUGGUUACUUUAAAUCGCUUGAACUUGGCAAACUUUGGAACUGACGGGUCGACGGGUCUGUCGGGCGGUUCGUCGAUGAUGGUCUCUGGUGUUGUUGUUGUUGCUGCUAUUGUUGUGAUUUGAUUGGUGCCAGUUACUGUUACUAUUGUUGCUGUUGUUGUUGCUGCGCUAUUACUGUUAACUAGAAGUUGUUGGUGCUGUUUUCUGGUGCUCGACCUGCAGCUGGAGUUGGAGUUGAAGUUUGAGCUGGUGCUGUAGCUGGAGCGACUGCGUUACACUUUGUAAAUCGGUCAAUGGUAACGGGCUUGUAAGCAGGUGCAACUGCAACUGACAAAGAGAGAGAAAGAGAGAGAGAGUGAGAGGAGACUGCAAUCAAAACAUGUCACUAAAGAAGGAAACACCCUCAGAUGUGAUGCUGCAUCUAGCGGCGUUGCGAGGCGACGUUGUCGAGAUGCGCCGUGUGCUCGAUACUGGCAAAGUGCAUGUCGACUGCAAAGAUGAGGACGGUACCACGCCUCUUAUUCUAGCCGCAGCUGGCGGUCAUAUCCACUGCGUUCUCGAGCUCCUCGAGCAGGGAGCUGAUCUCAACGCGCGCCGCUCCACUGGCACCACCGCUCUCUUCUUUGCCGCCCAGGGCGGGCACUUGGACGUGGUGCGCAUUUUGCUGAAAGCGCGCGCAAAGGUUGAUACGCCCUCGCUGGACGGAGGCACGCCCCUGUUUGUAGCUGCCCAAGGCGGACAUGUGAAGAUCAUCAGAGAGCUGUUGGACUGUGGCGCGGAUGUGAAUGCCAGCAUGAAGGAUCGUGCUACGCCCGCGUUUAUUGCUGCGCAGAAUGGGCAUCGAACAGUGUUGUCGCUGCUGAUCCUGGCCCACGCCUCGACGGACAUCAAGCGCAUCGAUGGAGCCACCCCACUGUGGAUAGCGGCCCAAAUGGGGCACGAUCACAUAUGCAAGGUGCUGCUGCAGAACGGAGCGAAUAUCGACACAGUGCGCUGUGACGGUGCCACGCCUCUGUUUAAGGCCGCCCAUAAGGGACACGCCUCGGUGAUCACAGUGCUGCUCAAGUAUCGCCCGAAUCUGGGCUUAUUGCCCAAUGGGGAAUCUGCUCUGCAUGCGGCUGCGAUGUUUGGUCACAUGACCGUCUGCAAGCAACUCGUGGCAGCCGGAAGCGAUGUCCUGCUCAAAAAUCAGGACGGAUUAACGGCCAUGGAGUUGGCGCAUCAUGAGAACUAUGGCUCCAUCUGUGAAUAUCUGAAGGAGCGAAUGCGGGCGGUAAUGGAACGUAAUACCUUGGCUAUGGCCCAGAUGCGUUUGUCAACGUAAAGGCCAGCCCAUA